ACUAAGGCUCAUAAUUCAACCAAACUUCUAAUAAAUGCUGUUAUUCUUAUGUUGUUUUUUUUAGCUACUAAGCAAAAUAUAAUAAUAUAGAUACACUACUAUAACUAGCUAGAUCACGUGUAUACCAUGUUGGUCUAAUGUUUUGUGUGCACAGUUUGAGACUAAUCAUGGUUUGCAUUCCUUAUGUAGCAUCCUUUAAAGAUAUGUGUAUUCCAAUUGAAAUUUCAAGUUUUUAUUUAUUUCUGUUUCAAUUGUUUAUAUGUGAAAGACCAUACAACUGAAGUAUUGUUGGUCUGUAUUAAAAUAUUGUGUUAUUGUUUAAUGAUUUAAAAAUGCAUGUUUAGAAUUACCUGUCAGUAGAGUCUGUGAGAGGAAGUUUUUACACUAGCAAAAUAACAUGAACUUAAAUUGCUCAUUAUAUGAUUUUUAUCCUUUUUUCAAAAAUUAUUCUGAGUUUAAGUUUCAACCAGUCAGCGAUGCCUUGUGAAAUAGCAACAAAUUUAAUAUGACAAGUAGACUGGAUGACUAAUGAUGAUUAUUAAUGUGUUGAAAUAGAAGAAAUUGAUGGCAGUUAAUGAUUGAACAGAACCGUUUAUUUUUACAGAUUGAGUGUUGUUAAUGUAUCUGAUUAUAUUCUUAGUUUAAAAUUCAAAAUAUUGUAAGAUUUGUUUUAGCUGUUGACACUUCUGAUAGUUCUAUUAUUGCAAAUAUAUAUAGAUACAUUGUUAGAAGUUGGGGUUUAUAUAAAGAAAGUGAAAUAUUUAUUGAUAAUGACUAUGUAAUAACUUCAACCAGAAGAGCUUCUAAAAUUCUACAAUAAUAAUUGCAAUUAAUAAUAAAUAUUCUUAAUUAUUGGUAACAGGCAAACCACAAAAAACCUUUAUGACUUAGGUCAUCAGUUGGUAUCCUUGCUACUAGUGGUGCUUUCAGGCCUUUGAGAUAGUACAGAUUCUGUCAAAACAUGCAUACUGGAAAUAAUUAAAAUAAGUAAUAGCUAUUCAUGAUAGUAUUAGUUUUCUCCUUCUCACUGUAGGUUGAGUAAUAUUUGAAGAACAUAUUGUUUCAUUUAUGUUGUAACUACUUUUUUAUAUUAACUUGUGAAUUCCUGAAUGUAUAUUGACAGUUUUCUUGCAUGUUUUUGUUAUAAGUACAUAUGUGCAGGAAAACAAAAUUAAUAUAUAUAUAUAUAUAUAUAUAUAUAUACAGGGUUGAGUACACUAUAUCAAAACAAUUUCGGACAUGCAGAUCACCAAGUAGAUAGCAUCCAUCAUAAAACCCUGCUACAGAAAGUAAUGUUUCAAGUUAAACCUGCCAUAUGACCUCAAUGAGAUUUAGUAUGUACCAAAUCAGAACUUAUUUUUUUUUGUAGAAAUAUAAUAUACCCUAUAGAAGGGUAAGGUAUGUAGUACUUGCAUACUGCAUGCAAUCUGUUUGAAAAUGUAUUUGUUAGUUUCUUUGCUAAUAUUUAUAAUGAUGAAAGUCAUCAUAGACUAAAGAACUUCUCUACAGGUUCAUAGUCUGUUAAGGCAAUAACUAGAGUCUUAUGUUUAGAUGAAAUAGGAAGUUUGCAAGCUGUCAAAAGCCACAUUAGCAAGUCCAGGGAAGAGCCCUUUUAAUACUUAAAAGAUACAUUUGGAAUAGAUAUGUAAUCAUUUAUCAUUCAUAGUAUAAAUGUUACCUGUAGACAUUUUACAAAGAAAAUUAGUUAUCUUAGUGAAAAAAUAGAGGACAUAAUAUAAAAGAUUUAAGGCUAUACUCGGCAAAGUUUCAGAAGAGGCAAUUGCCUUGUCUGCCUCUGUCUGUAGGUUUUGCAGUCAUAUGCUAAAUUUAAAGAAUGUGGUUGAUUGUAGUUUUGGAAUUAUAGUGUUAAUUGUCACAUUACAAUAUGUGCUGCUAUUUAUUUGUAUAGGAAAUUCUGAACUGUUAAUGAUGGGUGAGGACUAUUCUACGAAGCACAGUUUUAGUAAUCUGAACAGCAUGUCUGAAGUAUUUUGUGAAAAAAACUUUGAUCUUCCAAACACUUCAGAACAUCCUUCCAACAACACUUGUGGGUCAGUUAAUACAAAUGAUUUGUAUGAAGCUACAAUUUGCUACCUUGAUAAAAUAAACUACUUUGAAAAGAUGAGAAGAGAAUGUGAUAUAUAUUGGAGUGGCAACAGUAAUGCUUUUGAGGGAGUUGAUAGACCUGACUGUGCAUGCACUUUGCAAGAAAUAAGUUUGAAAUCUGUUGACUCUGAUUUGAUGGAAGAAAAUGCCCCGUUGUGUGAUAUUGUUCUACAUCAGCCAGUGAGAGCAAGAGAAAUAUUUAAAAGUGUUGUAUACAUAGCUUUGAAGUCAUUGCAAAUUAUGCCAGAGACUUUCACUUGUAAUCAGUUAUUGGUGGACAUUAAAAUAGACUGGUUACCCCCAUUUUCAGAGUACACUAUAUAUAAUGGUAUAAAGCUAACAAACAAAAUGAAUGAGAAAAGAUUUGUGAAGUUUGAAGGUAUUGUUCAGUUGCUGAGUGGACCCACUAAAUACACACAAAGUGCUCGUUACCAGUGUUCCUUAGAAGAUUGUGAAGGUUACCAAGGGAAUAAGUUUGUUAGGGUACACAUCCCUGGAGCAUGGGAGACAGAAACAAUAAGAAAGGACUUUUUGUGCUUAUACUGCCAGAGCCCAUUAGUGGAAGAUCCAACGUGCCGUAUACUUGGUGAUAAAGUUAUUGCAGAAAUGAUUCCAAGCAGUGCCUUCUAUACAAGUACUUAUAGUGUCUGUCAUCAGUCUAUUACAGUGUAUUGCAGAGAUGAACUAACAGAAAAUAUACUGCUGGGCAGGAAGUACUCUGUGAUUGGCAUUCCUUUUACAAGGAAGAUUGGAUCCAGUAUUUUUGUUUUAAUGGAGGCAAACAAUAUGGAGCUUAUUGAGAAUGUACCAUAUAAUGUACCAUCAUCAAUUCACAAUUUGCCCCCACCACUUAUGGAACUUUAUAAUGCAGGGACUCUGCUUCUAGCUACUGAUGGUGUAUGUUUUCUUGGAGAUUUAUCUUUCUCCAGUAAAAAUAAACAAGAAAUUCUUGUUAGAGCAUUAGAAAGUGGAAAUAUAAUCAUUAGCCCUCCACCACAAGUAAAUUGUGUUGGUGACCUUCCUCUGCUGACAUAUCCACUCCAGUGUACUGUAUGGGGUCUUAUAUCUUCUAAUAGUAGAAAGAAAAGUGACACUGGUAGGAAGCAGGUAGAACAAACUUCAGUAGGUCUAGGAAACUUGAACAAAGUACUAAUUAAUGGAUUUGGUAUGCUAUAUAUUACUGAUAGUACAGUGCCCAAUGGUGAUGAGUAUUAUAAUCAGUUAACACUAUGCCAAAUCUCUGACAAAUCUUCUACAUCAAGUUUCUCUAACAUUUUAAUGUCUAAUGAAGAAUGGAAAAAGUUUCUGACUUAUGCCAGCUCUAUUAACACAAGGUUUACUGAAGAAGCAGAAUUCCUGAUACAAGGUUAUUAUGUAGCCAGUAGAAGAGUUCAUUCAUCAGCUGCUCAAGGGCCAGAGUUUCCUAUGGCUGUUGUUUCUACCCUUAUGUCAGUGGCUCAAGCCUUCAGUAAACUGUCCUUGAGACAAAAAGUAGCUGACAGUGAUGCUGUUAUGGCUAUUUUACUUUAUGAAGAAACUCUAAGUGCUAGAUAUGGUUACUCUGCUUUAAAUGUCAGAAAUAUGCCGCAUGCCAGAAAUGAAAAUAUGUCCUAUCUUUUUGGUCUUGAGAAUGACCAAAGAUUACAGCAGUUUCACAGACUACUGCAACAGUUUAUAGCUACAUAUGCUGGAGAUGCAGGGUUUAAGGAAGAGUGAACAUCCUUUUAUAAGUUGUUGAGACCAUAUAAAGUCUUUUACAAGGUGAUUUGAACAUACCUUAUGCAUUACCUUAUAAUGAAGUUCAGGACACAAGAGUUUUAGAAGUGAUCUUAAUAAGAUGGAUCAAAUCUUUUAUGGUACAGUACUAAAUAUAAUGUGAUUGCCACUAAAUGUUAGUAACUAGUUAAAAAACAGAUAUAUAUUUAAUGGAGUUAAAAGACUAGAGGUUAAUUCAAAUUGUCAGAAAUCUUUAUAUAUCUAUCUACAUGUAAUAAAAUGCCUAUUAUAUGAAUAGGUUCUAUCAGUGAUGUAUUGUUUUGUUUACAUAUAUACAAAUUAUUUUGUGUUUAUACAAAAGUACUCUUUUUUUCUGUACACAUGUAUUUUUUUUUGUUAAAUGAAAAUAUUAUUUUAGCAUUGGUGUUAAUCUAUAUUUUGAACUUCACUAAGUAAUUGUAUACUAUUUCAUUGCUUAUCUGCAUUACUUACAAUUUGGAGUUUGUUUUGCACAAAGAUUUGUAAUCACUUACCAAGAUUCAUAGAGAUUUGUAAUAUAUUCAUUGGCUUUUAUACAUGUAUUCAUAUAUUUUUGUAAAUUACAUCAAUUUUGUAUUAUUGAAUACUAAUGUACGUUUAUUUUAUUUGACUUCUUACUCACAGGGUUGGUGUCUGUGAUGCUCUCAAAGUUUCACAACCUUAUUUGUAACUUGAAAAACAUUGAUAAACACUAUGUUUUUCUUAGAAUCAAAACCUUUCCUGGACUUUGAAAACAAUCAUUAUUUAGGGUUAAUGAGUUUCAGUUAGAUAAAUAAGAUAAAGAUAAAUUAGUAUUAUACUGAACUUUAGUACUAUUUAAUGUAUUUAUUUUUAACCUUCAAAGUUCAGUAAGUAGUGAUCAUAAUUGAAAUGUUUCUGUUUAGUAAAUGUGAUGUAGUAGUAAUAUAUCUAAAAAUUAAUACCUAUGUGAAUAUGGCAUAUUAUGAUGUUUAUAAUAAAGUUGAGAUGAAAAUAUUU